GCUGUCUAAACACUUUAUGGACCAUUGAGACCCUUAAGAAAGAAUUAUCUGGUUUUGUGUCAGAUUAGAGACGUGUUGUUACAUAGAGGUGGAUCUCUGCCCCCAUGGAUAGUAUCGACGGGGCUGUGGGGAAAUUUAGGAUCUUUAAGAAAGAUGACUUUGAAGCUGACUGGAUUAAGUUGAAGGAUCGAAGCUUUGGUCAGGUCUACAGAGUGAAACUUAAGCUCUGGAGGGAGAAGUGUGCCCUGAAAAGCUUCAGUACCAACCUCACUGGCAGCAAUUUCUACAGGAGAAUGAUAGAGGAGGCAUCCAACAUGGAGAAAGCUAAAUUCAGGUACAUCGUGUCCAUCUAUGGGGUGUGCAAUGAGCCUCCUGCCAUUGUUAUGGAAUACAUGAGCAACGGCUCCCUGGAUCGUCUCCUCACCAGCCACACGUUGAUGUGGCCCAAGAAAUUCCAGAUGAUCCACGAGGUUGCCAUGGGCAUGAACUUCCUUCACAGCCUGAGCCCGCCACUUCUCCACCUGAACCUCAAGCCUUCAAACGUCCUUCUAGAUGAUCACCUCCACGUAAAGAUUUCAGAUUUUGGCUUUAUUAAGUGGGACGAGACUGGAAGCAAGAAAGAAUUAGUUGAGAAUUUGACAUUGAGAGGAAAUAUUUGCUACAUUCCUCCAGAGUUAUUCACUCAGUGCCCCGAAGGCUCUGGAACAAAGUUUGAUGUUUACAGCUUCUCUAUUGUGAUGUGGGAAAUUCUAACCCAGAAGAAACCUUACCAAGGUAGUAAACGAAGCACCACGACAACAGUGCUGAUGAAGGUGACCUUGGGUAGAAGGCCGGGCAUUGAAAUGAUCCCCGAUGACAAGCCACGUGAAUGUGAUCAAAUGGUCAAAAUCAUGCAAGAGUGCUGGGAUCAGGACCCCGGAGAGAGGCCAGAAUUCUCAGACACGGUACGGAAGACAGAGGCUCUCAACGACAUCCUGGGACUGGGUGGAUGUCGCAGUGGGAUGGAGGCACACAUACCUGCUUAUCCCAAGCUGUCACCCAGCUGCAGAAGAAAAUCAACAUACUCACUCACCGACCCUCUAGACAGCAACACCGGGGACGGUAUUCUCCAUCUUCUAUCAAAGAAAGACUUUGACGGCUUCAGACAGACCCUGAGCAAGGAACACGUGUCCAUGCUAUUUAAAGACAAUAACACCCUCCUUCACUACGCUGUGGUCAGUGGAGACACAAAGAGCGUGGCGGAUGUCCUGAGUCUCGGAGCAGAGGUGAACUCGCAGAGUGUCGGGGGGAACACCCCUCUUGCCAUGGCCGUGCUUUAUAAGUUCAGCGAGGUCUGCUCGUUGCUCACAGAGCGAGGAGCAGACAUCCACCUCAGUGAUGGGGACAAGUGGACGCCCCUGCACUUUGCCGCUCAGAAUGGUGACAGCAGAGUCGUCCGCCUUUUCCUUGACAGAGGGGCCAGUCCCGGUGUUAAGGAGAAAGACGGGUGGACUCCGCUUCAUCUGGCUUCUCAGAACGGCCACGAGGCCGUCGUGCGUCUCCUCCUGUCCCGGCUGGGGAGCGCCGAUGAGCAGGAGGAGAUACGGGGGAGGACGGCGCUCCACAUCGCCAGUGCUUAUGGCCACGUUGGCAUUGCCAAGCUCCUGCUCGGCAAAGGUGUCGACCCAAACGGGACGGACAACUCCCAGGCCACGGGUCUACACCUGGCGGCUGAGGAGGGCCACUACAGGGUGGCUAGGGAGCUGGUGAAGAAUGGCGCCGACGUCAAUUCCGUGGACAACCGGCGCUACACCCCUUUACACUUUGCCGCCAUCAAGGGACACACAGGCAUCUGCAGGCUGCUGUUGGGCAACCGAGCCAAUCCGGACCCCAGGACCCUGCAAGGCUGGACGCCAAUGCACUUGGCAGCGCUGAAGGGCCACGGGGCCUCCUUGCUAGAGCUGGAGGCCCACCGGGCCUCUGUGGACAUACAGGGGCCGGCCGGCUGGACUCCGCUUCAUCUGGCCUGUCACCACAGGCAGGAGGAAGUGGUUUCCAUGCUGCUGGCGGCCAAGGCUGAUCCCGACGCUACGGAGGACAGGGGUUGCACAGCGCUUCACUUGGCGUGCAACGGCGCCCUUUUCCCCGGCGUACUGCAGCUCAUCUCGCACGGAGCAAACGUCAACGUGCGGAACAGAAGCCAGUCCACCCCGUUACACCUGGCCGCCCAGAACGGCAGCGUUCCCAUUAUCAAAGCCCUGCUGUUGAACGGGGCGGAUAGGAGUGCUGAGGACUUGGCAGGCUGCACAGCCCUAACACUGGCCAGGAGGUGUCAGAAAGAGGAGGCAGCACUGCUGCUACAGGACUGCUAGUGAGACGUUCGAGCCCAGCAAAGCCUGCCUUGAACUGAACCGAGCUGGGCCGAACCAAGCGAGCAAAGCUGCACUGAGCUGGCCGGGUUACUCGUCCACCAUAAUUGCAGGAACUGAAAAGAAUUUGCUAAAAAUAUCUGUAUUUCAAGAGCCACAGAGGGAGAGAGGUAGAUCAAGGGAUAAGUGAACCAAUUCUCUCUACCAAUUUGCGCACUCACUAUGUUGUCUGGAAAUGUGUUCAAUGUUGUUACUGAUUUCAAUGUUUCAAUGUUGUUACUGAUGCUUAAAGACAUUCUGUUAUCUUAAUUAAUAUAGUUAAAUUAUAUUAGCGUGUUCAAGAUGACCUUAUCGUAUGAUGUCACUGCCGUGAGUUCAUGAUGCAAAUUUUUUUUUUAUCUGGCAAAAGGGAAGGUUUAUUGUUCUCUGCUGCAUGUGAUCAACCGGGAGGACCAUUUUAUUGCAGUUUCCAUGGUGACACAUUGUAUUGAAUUGAAGUGAAAUACACAAUGCACAAGACAAAUAUACAUUUUCACAUACUAAUGUUCUCUUGACCAUGUCAAAGGAGCCCCACUAACAGUUUUGAUAAAUUCUCUAACCUAAGACAAAAUGCCUGAGCAGAGUUCCAACAUCUUGUUUUCAGGCAGAGAAAUUAACUAGGCUGCCGAAUCCCCGUUUCUUUAGAAAAACAAACCUCCAAAAUACUAAUUUGAUUUGUUUCUCUCGCCCCACCCUCCACCACACAGACAUGGAUGUUUUACAUUUUCACAUUAAGAAGAGCUGCAGUAGAUGAAUGUUGCAUUUUAAAACGCAACAUAAAAACUGCCAUGGUGGAUUUUGAAGGCUCUGCCUCUUUGGCUUUUUCAGAUUUUUUGGUGGUGGAGCUGACAUGUAAUUCACAACAUUUCUGCCAUGCGGCAGACAGAAAAAUGUGUUGUUUCGUAGCUAUUCUACACAUUGUGCCAUGAGGCUAAGUCAUGAAAGAGAAUUUGUUUGGCUAGGGGUCCACUAGAAUGCUGCUAGGCUUACCCGCUGUGAAGGUGCUGGUACUCACAAUGUAUCUGAUCGGUUUGACCUACUUAACGCUUCUCUGGGAGAUGAAGUGAACAGAAACCUGUGAGGAACUUUGCAUUGACCCUUCUACAACAUUUAUCUCACCAGAAAGGAAUGAUAUCAAUGUGAAGCAUUCUAAUCACUUUUACAACCGCCCUCUCUGAAAAGAAGACUGGUUUGACAGCAUUUCUCUAACCAAAACAUUAUGAUCUCUUUCUGACACUGUUGCAUUUUUUUCUGAUCUAGUGUUUGAUAAACACUCCUCACUCAUAAACGCCUCUGGCUCCACAAAGGAGUUUGUGCCAGAACUAAGCAUGUUAGCUGGCAGCAGAUCCCCUGAAAAAUCUAACUCAUCUUUACCAUCUAGUCUCAAUCAAUGGCUCCAGUCCGACCUUUCACAACCACGGUGACACAUCUGACAGUUUCCAUCAGGCUUUAAUUGGGUUUGCAAAUGCCUAACACGGUUUGUGAAGGAAAUGAGAAGAUGACGAGACAACGGCAGCUAAUGCCAUUUCAAAUGCAACAGCAGCAAAGAAGCAUUGCAUCACAGCACGAGAUGCAAGUCAAUAACAGGAUUUUAGAUAGAAAGAACACUUGUAGUGGUCCAAUUUCCAUGGGACAUUCCUUGUCCUACUUAGAGACAAAAUGCUGUUUUAUUAAUGAGUGCAAUAUGUUUACACAGUCUUUGGACAUUAAUUAUUAACCAAACUACAAUUAAAACGCUAUUAUGAUAACAAACAAUGUCACAUGGUGAAAAAUAACAUGCAAA